GAAAUGUUCCAAAGUUGGAGCAAUGAGGUGGACGUACUAUGGAUUUUGCUGAGAUUAGCUUUAAUUAAACCAAAUGGAAACCUGCAUCCGAGGAGGAAGACAUCCACUACAUGACACCCUUUCCGUCGCGGCUUGAAUGCUGACGAUCCGGAGAAACUUUUGGGAAGCACGCGACUUGGCUGUGCUCGCGGGCAUAUUUUUUUUGUGUCCAGGAAUGAGACUCUUCUAUUUUUAUUAAUCACUAGGAUUUUAAGAAAUACCCGAAGAAUAAGACUCCUUCUCAAGUCACAAUGCGGGCGGAUUGAAGACUCGCGGACCGGUGUCUGAUAGCUUUGCUACACUUUCCGUGUGGAAUUAUUUUGAGACGAUUUUUACAGUUAUCAACAGCGCUGUUACUACCCGUGUUUGAAUAAAUCACAGAGAGAUGACGUCUCCGGCGAAAUUCCGAAAGGACAAGGAGAUAAUAGCUGAAUAUGAAACUCAAGUCAAAGAGAUCCGGGCCCAGCUGGCCGAGCAGCUGAAGUGUCUGGACCAGCAGUGUGAGCUGCGUGUGCAGCUGCUCCAGGACCUGCAGGACUUCUUCCGCAAGAAGGCCGAGAUCGAGACGGACUACUCCCGCAACCUGGAGAAGCUGGCCGAGCGGUUCCUGGCCAAGACCCGCAGCACCAAGGACCACCAGCUCAGGAAAGAACAGAACGUGCUCUCCCCAGUGAGUUGCUGGAACCUGCUCCUGGCCCAGGUGAAAGGGGAGAGUCGGGAUCAUGCCACGCUGAGUGACCUCUACCUCAACAACAUCAUCCCCCGCUUCGCCCAGGUCAGCGACGACUCGGGACGCCUCUUCAAGAAGAGUAAGGAGGUGGGGCUGCAGCUGCAGGAAGAUCUGAUAAAAGUCCUCAACGAGCUCCAUGCGGUGAUGAAGACGUACCACAUGUACAACACGGACAGCAUGAACGCCGAGAGCAAGCUGAAGGAGGCGGAGAAGCAGGAGGAGAAGCAGAUGGGCCGCAGCGUGCGGCAGGAGGAGCGGCUCACCCCACGCUCGCCCGACGCCCUGGCCUCCGUGCGCCUGGACGACAAGCACGUCCGCAGGAGCUCCGUCAAGAAGAUCGAGAAGAUGAAGGAGAAGAGACAGGCCAAAUACACUGAAAACAAGCUGAAGGCCAUUAAAGCGCGGAAUGAGUACCUGCUGGUCCUCGAGGCCACCAACAGCUGUGUGUUCAAGUACUACAUCCACGACCUGUCUGACCUCAUCAACUGCUGUGACCUGGGCUACCAUGCCAGCGUCAACCGGGCCCUGCGGACGUACCUGUCGGCCGAGUUCAACGUGGAGCAGUCCCGACACCGCGGUCUGGAGGGGAUCGAGAACGCCGCGGAGAACCUGGAGCCUAACGGCGACAAGCAGCGCCUGAUGGAGACCUACAACAGCGUGUUCUGCCCCCCCGUGCGCUUCGACUUCCAGUCCCACCUGGGCGACACGUUGGGGCAGGUGUGUGCCCAGCCCCCCCUGCACGGGGAACUGCUGCAGCGGGGCCAACAGCUCCAGAACCGCCUCUCUGCCCUCAGCAUCGAGAACGAAGAGGUGAAGAAGACGAUGGAGGCCACCCUGCAGACCAUCCAGGACAUGGUGACGGUGGAGGACUUCGACGUGUCCGACUGCUUCCACCACAGCAACUCCAUGGAGUCGGUCAGGUCCAGUGUCUCCGAGUCCUACAUGAGCAAGCCCAGCCUGGCCAAGAGAAGGGCCAACCAGCAGGAGACCGAGCAGUUCUACUUCACGAAGCUGAAGGAGUUCCUGGAGGGGACCCUGAUCACCAAACUGGAGGCCAAACAUGAGCUGAUCCAGAAGUCCCUGGGAGAGAGUCAGAAGACUGAUUAUUGCCUCACCAGUGGACGGAGGAGCUCAACGGUGAAACAGGACUCCAGCCAGGUCAUCCCCCUCAUGGUGGAGAGCUGCGUCCGCUUCAUCAGCCACCACGGUCUGCAACACGAGGGAAUCUUCCGGGUGUCUGGUUCUCAGGUGGAGGUGAACGAUAUCAAGAACGCCUUUGAGAGGGGUGAGGAUCCCUUGGCAGGGGACCAGAAUGAUCACGACAUGGACUCCAUCGCCGGGGUCCUGAAGCUCUACUUUCGGGGGCUGGAGAACGCCCUCUUCCCAAAGGAAGUCUUCCAUGACCUCAUUUCCUGUGUCUUGAUAGAGAACCUUCCGGAGAGAGCGGUCCAGAUUCACAAGGUCCUGCAGUCUCUGCCCAACAACACCCUCGUCAUCAUGAGAUACCUCUUCAGCUUCCUCAACCACCUGUCCCAGUACAGCGAGGAGAACAUGAUGGACCCGUAUAACCUGGCCAUCUGCUUUGGCCCCACGCUGGUGUCCGUGCCCGAGGACCCUGACCCCGUGUCCUGCCAGGCCCACGUCAACGAGCUCAUCAAGACCAUCAUCAUCCACCACAGCGCCAUCUUCCCCCCACCCCCCGCCCUGGAGGGGCCGCUGUACGACCGCGGGGGGGCCACAGAGGAGUUCUGUGACAGCCCUCACGGGGAGCCCCCCCUGGUGGACGAGCCGGUGCCUGAUGCUGUGUCAGAGCUGCACAACAGUGAGGACGAGUCGGAGCCCCUGGAGGCCGUGGCUCGGUUUGAUUACUCCGGCCGCACCAGCAGGGAGCUGUCCUUCCACAAGGGGGCGCCGCUGCUGCUGUUCCAGCGCGUCUCUGAGGACUGGUGGGAGGGCCGGCACGACGGCGUGGACGGGCUGGUGCCCCAUCAGUACAUCGUGCUGCAGGACCUGGAGGAUGGGGCGUCUGGCAGAGGGAGCCCCAAAGCUGACACUGAGGGGCCCCCUGAGCCUGCCCCCCUGGAGGAGAAAGUGUCCACGAGGGGCAGCAUGAACUCCCCCACUGGAGGACAUGUGGCAGACAUCUACCUAGCCAACCUACACAAGAUGCGGAACCGCUCGGAGGCGUGGAGAGGGUUCCGGGGUGGGGAGGGCCUGGCGGAGGGGCCCCCGGGGGCCCCGGGGGGGGAGGAUAAGCGGCCGGUCAGCGCCCACAGCGGGCUGAACGCCGUCACCCGCCACUCCUCCCUCAAGGCCCAGGUGGAGAGCCCGCAGUUCCACAGAGCCGCCACCGCGGGGCGCUCCAAGAGCUUCAGCAACCACCGACCCCUACAGCCUGAGGACAGCUCACAGGAGGCGUCGGUGAGCUCGGCCCUGCGGGAGCUCCGGCAGCUGGAGCGUCAGAGCAGUGCCAAGCAUGCGCCGGACGUGGUGCUGGACACCCUGGAGCCGCUGAAGGGGGGUUCGGGCCCCCGCGGGCCCCCCCCGGAGCCCUGCAGCCCCCUGCACGACCCCCCUGCCCAGCCCCCCCUGCAGUGCAGCCCCAGCCCCCUCAGCGACACGCCCAGCGCCUUCCGCCUGGGCAAGAGCGCCGCCAAGGCAACCGCGCCUGGCCCCUCACCUUCCUCAUCCUCCUCCUCUUCCUCCCGGGAGCCCCGCCCCCCCGCCACGCGCCCCAAACCCAUGGUGUUCCCCAAAACCAGCUCCAGUGGCAGCCCGACGCUGGGGUCACCCACCUCCACUGUCCCACCCUCACCACCCCCCCCACCCCCGCCCCCCCCUCCCACCGACAAGUCCUGCCCUGUCUGA